GCGGACGGCUGGGCCGAGCGGUUGCGUGGGCAGAGCAACCGCCUCUCGACCCUCCGGCGGAGCGUAGUCCGUGCGAGCUAUCUGGCAGUGCAGAAGUGCAUACUUCGCAUGUGUGCAGUGUGUGCGUUCGCGUGUUUGUCAGUGUAGCGGCGCCAUAGCCCGUUGGUUGUGCUCGUGAGGUUGUCACUCGCACGGGACGGCCCGAUGCCCCGUGGCCGGCGACGGUAGACGUUUCUUCCUCGCUGGGGCCCCGCGGGGCCCUCCAUUGCCCUUCGUGUUCUUUUUUCUUCGUGUGACGUGACCCGUGGCGCGGCUGAUCGCGCUCCACCGCGACCGUGUUGCCCACCACCAUGUUGUACAUUCUGCCGCCCCCGAGCGCGCCCAGCCCUCCCUCGCCGUGGGCCAGCAUCCUAUGUGGCGGCAACGGCGGGGGCGGCGCGAGUGGCGGCUCGGCGGCGGCCGCCAGCGGGAACGCGCCUCCGGGACGGACGGGCGGGACGGGCGGCGGAACCACCACCGCCGGCCCCGAGGUCGUGGCCGGCGUGGUGCACCGAGCGGGGGCGUACUGGAUCGCCAAGGCGAACGCCCGCCGCCCCAACUCGCUGCGCUUGCCGCCGCGCGCCCCCAAGCCCAGGGAUGCCUCUGCUAGCAAUACGCAGAGUAGUAGUUUGUGCUGCCGCUUCACUCUUCUUGCUCCGGCGGUCGCCGAUGGCCACGACUUCCGAGCGGAGGCCACGGACCCUUAG